UACGAGUUGAAGAAAAAGAAUGGCUCUUUCAAAACCCACGAAUUUACUUCUUCAUCUUACCAGCGUUUAUUUCGACCGUCUUUACACAAGCCCGCUGAAAACUAAAGCAAUCACCAGUUGCAUUAUCGCCACUCUGGGUAAUUAUAUAUCGCAGAAAAUCUCCGGUACGAAACGCAUCAAUGAGGACAGUUUACUCGCGUUCGCACUUUUCGGGUUGUUCUUCGGUGGUCCACUUCCACAUUACUUUUAUACAUUUAUACAACCACUUGUGAGAAAUCCUCUCAUACUUUUGUUAAUAGAGAGGUGCCUAUAUACACCUUGCUAUCAAGCAUUAGCAUUGUACAUGUUAUCUAUAUUCGAGGGCAAUCCACAUAAUGAAGCAUUGAAGCAAACGAAAAGAUUGUACUUGCCAGUACUUACUGCUAAUUUAAAAUAUUUAACAUUACUCCAGUACAUCAAUUUAAAAUAUGUGCCACCGCUGUUACGCGUUCUGGUCGUGAACCUGAUCGGAUUCUUUUGGGCUAUAUACCUCGCACAACAAAGAACUAAACAGUCAAAGGCGACUGGAACAAGAAAAUAAUUUCCAAGUGUAAUUGCUCAUUACAUGUUAAAACAUAGUUUAUGGUGUUCAUACUUGUCAACUGGUCAUAUAUUUUAAUAAUUAUGUAAAUAUUCUCAUUCCAAUGAUAGACAUUUGAUUCUGAAUCGAAUAUUGUUAUAUAGAAUUAUGCCAUUUGAUAAUUUUAAGUACAGAAUUAAAUAUGUAAAUCAUACAUAAUCCAAGAAACGCGUACAAAUAAACUUUUUUAAGUGUUUUGAAGGAAGGAA